AUGCGUUUCACCACUCUCCUCGCGGCCCUCGCGGCCUCCUCCGCAACCGCCGAGACCAUCAAGCGUGAUGAGAACAAGCUCUUCACCCUCGAGAUCGCUCCCGGCGAGACCGUCACCGUGACGGAGGAGCAGAAGUGGGAGAUGAUGGACAAACGCAUCCACUUCUUCGACAUCACUGAAUGGGCCGACGUCCCCGCCGUCGCCUCCGUCGCCUCCGUCGCCUCCGAGACCACCUUCAAACUGGCCGCUGCCCUGCCCUUCCCCACGGCGAUGAACCAGACCUGCCACGUCGAAGCUCUGAUCCCCAAGCUCAGCAAGGACCGCAUGCAGGCUCACCUCGAGCGCUUCUCGGCCUUCCACAACCGCUACUACCUCUCCCGUACCGGCGUGGAGUCGGCAGAGUGGCUGCACGGACAGAUCAGCGCCAUCGUCGACGCCGCGGGACAUCCCACCGCCAACGUGCGCUACGUCAGGCACACUGCCUGGUCCCAGCCCAGUAUCAUCGUAACCAUUCCGGGUCAGAACCAGAGGACCGUCGUCGUGGGCGCGCAUCUCGACUCCGUGAUUUCGGGAGACCGCGGAGCCGGCCGCGCGCCUGGUGCCGACGACAACGGAUCUGGGUCUGUGAUGAUUCUCGAGGUGUUGCGCGUCAUCCUCUCGGACCCGAGGAUCGCGUCGGGGGAUUUGCUCAACACGGUCGAGUUCCACUGGUACGGCGCCGAGGAGGCUGGGUUACUGGGGAGCCAGGACAUCUUUACGCAGUAUCGCGCGAGCAACAGGCAGGUUGUCUCGAUGUUGAACCAGGACAUGGUUGGGUAUGUUGGCCGCGAUGGCGUUGAGAGGUUUGGUGUCGUUACGGACUGGACGGACGCGGAUCAGGUUGUGUACAUGAAGCGUGUGAUCGAUGCUUACACCGAUAUUCCGUACGAAGAGACUGUUUGCGGAUACGCAUGCUCCGACCACGCCUCUGCCAACCGUAACGGUUACCCCUCGUCGUUCAUCUUCGAGGCGCCUUUCGGAAACCACAACCCGCAUAUCCACACCCCCAACGACACCAUCGAGCAUGUCUCGUUCGACCACGCGCUGCAGCACGCCAAGAUGACGACGGGAUAUAUCUACGAGCUGGCUUACUGGCCUUUUGCUUAA